AUGCCGGCCGCGGCGCGGCAGCGGAUCCCCGGGCGGGCGCUGCGGCAGGCCAGCGCGGCGGCGAGCAGGGAGGGCGGCGGCGCCGCGCACACGCUUGAGUUCGCCGAGCAUCAAGAUACUGAUGAGAUGGACUUUACUAUGAAGUUGAAUGAGGAGCUCAAAGCUAAAGCGUGGGGUUCCCGUAAGGAUUUUAUCUCCCUUCUGCCCAUGAAGGCUGUGGAUAUAUUGAAAACCCAGAUUGGCGUCAAGAAAAUGCACUUGCAUCAACUGGCGAGCUUACUAGACACAGUGGAACCUGGACAUGCUCUGCUUGAGAAGAGCAUACGAAUAACACAAAUGGCUCUACUGUGCUCAAGCUCCAAGUUGGUAGAUGAAUCAUUGACUAACAAAAGCGGUGUCGCCAUGAAAGUUGACAAGUCAAAGGUUUUCAUGGGGAUGACCUUCAAGCACGCAUAUAUCAGGAUAAAGAUGAUGGGUCAACUUAACGAAAAAGCUUUCGAAGACGCUUGCCGGUGGAAGUAUGCUGACGAUGAGUACAAGUUCAGAGCGGCAGGGCUGAUCUCAGUUUGGCAGGAUGAAGUGAGGAAUCCAUCUUGGCACCCUUUCAGGAUUGUUGAGGACGCCGAUGGCAAAACCAAGCAAGUCGUGGACGACGACGGCGCGAAGCUGAGGCGCCUGCGGGGCGAGCACGGCGACGACGUGUGCGACGCGGUGGUGGCCGCGGUGGCCGAGAUGAACGAGCACAACGCCAGCGGAGGUUACCUGGCGCGCGAGCUCUGGAACUACGGCGAAGGGCGGAAGGCGACGGUGAAGGAGGCUCUGAGGGAGUUUGUCAGGCAGCUCGAGCCGAAGAAGCGCCGGCUGAUGAGCUAA